AAUUUUUUUGUUUGUUUGUUUUUUUCAGGUCUUCCCUUGUCGCUAGGAAGCAUGCUCAUCACUCAAGGGCUAAUUUACAAUGGCUUGCUCUCAUCGAACCCAAGAUUUGGAUCAUUACCUAAAAUUGCAUUUGCUGGUGCCUUUGGUCUUGCCAUUGGGACGAUGUCAUACAUACGAGUAUGCCAGAGAAAGUUCCAGAGUAUAGGAGUUCAGCCAUUUGGUCCAGAAUAUAAAAGGCCCUGUCAUCAUACCUGCAAGGAAUGCGAAGCAAAUUUUGGAUCUAAUGGACAGGAAAACUCAAAGCCUUCAGCUUCAUAAUCCCAGAUCACGUUUCUUCUUUUUAAGAAUUUACUUCAUAUCUUGGUAUCUGAAUUGUAGAACUGACAAAGACGACAAAAUCCUGCAGAAAAAGUCUCUUCCUUCAAUAGCUUAUUCUGGACAGAAGAAAUUAAGCCUACAGUCAGGUGUAAACCAGUACACUGUGAGGAUUGGGUUGAUUUUUAA